AUGGACGAUCCUGGCUGCGCUUGGCCCUUUUGGAAGUUCGGCUUGCAAAAGGAUGACCUCACUACGACUCUACACGACCGGUUCAACACCAUCCCCUCCGCCAUCCAGGACCCAGAGGCUUUUCACCACGAUGUUUAUGAGCUCUCCACCCGGGCCUCCACCCUCGACGAGUUCGAGCGUUUGAUGGAGGAUCGCAAGAAGUUGCGGUUGGAGGAAUUGAAUGGUAAGGGCUAUGAGCGGCAGGCAAGGCGGGGCACCCAGUUGACAAUUAGCUUGACAGGCAUGUUGGAGGAUGCAAGUUUCGAGAUCAUCGGCAAUCCCUCCCUCAUCGGCACCGAGCAGUGGCAGUAUGCCAUCCAGCUCUUUCGCACCAAGUCGCUUGACUCCCUCGUGCGCUACUUCUCGUCCUACCUACCUCAGGAACACCCCUGGCACAACGAAUCCGUAUCGCCCGCCAGCAGCGCCGAUAGCAUCCACGCCUCAAUCUUCACCUGCGAUGGACCCAUGUUCUUCGACGAACCCGCGGAGGACGACACCUACUACACUAACGAGCACUCCCAGCAGUCUUUCGACAUCGCCGACAUCUCGCUGGACCAACCCACACGGUCUAUGACCGUACGGUCUGAGGAUUCUGGCGUAUCGGUCACGGAGCGAAUCCAACAUAAACAUCAAUACGACACCCGCGUCUCCCAGCGGGCAAUGUCCUUCUCGGAGUCGGAGCUUGAGCACACAUCUACGACCAUGCACGACUCAAUACCUACGCUUCACGACGACGAGGUUACAUCGCAGUCCGAUGACCCAGAGACUCCGUCCACAUCUAUAUCUGAUAUGUCUGAUGUUGAAGAGUCUCAAGGGAAGGACAUUGUGGUGACUACCAUUGUCGAUGACGACGCUCACGAUGAGUAUCUUUCCAUAUCCCACGCCCAACUCUCUUCAAUGGACUCUAUGGAAUCCGAAACUCCAACCCCCAAACCCGAACAUACUCGCUCGCCCGCGGUACCUUUCUUCGACUCAAAGCUAUCGCCGCUGCGAGCUCGGAGUCUUUCUUCCAACCGUGCACAUCCUCACCACGCCCAUCACGCCAAUCAAGACUUCCGCAGACAGCCUUCGACGACCCGACAAUUGCGACGGAGAGAAGUGAGCCUUGAUCGGCAACGACAGAGGUACGAACCGCGCGGAGUGCGCGGUCGGAUCCAGAAGGCUGUGUUUGAGCUGAAGGGCAACAGCCGUCAGCGAGGAAGAAGACCCGUUGGUGCUUAG